AUGGCGGCUGGAGGGCGACCUUGUGGGUUCUCCAGGGCCUACCCUGGUGCAUACAACUCCAGAAUGUGGCAGCUCAUAAGCCUCUUACUGUUUGUGGCCAUCUGGGAAAUUUCUGGCACACCAGCUACUCCUGAUUUGGUGUUCUUCAAUGGCAAGCGUGCCCAUCAGGUACUUCGGAUCCACAAGCGUUCCAACACCUUCCUGGAGGAGCUCAUGGCAGGCAACCUGGAGAGGGAGUGCAUGGAGGAGACCUGCAACUUGGAGGAAGCCCAAGAGAUUUUCAAAAACGUGGAUGACACGCUGGCCUUCUGGUCCAAGUACAUUGAUGGGGACCAGUGUGCAGCCUCACCGAAAGGGCACUUAUGUGACAGCCCAUGCUGUGGGCAUGGCAGGUGCAUCGAUGGCAUCGGCACAUUCCUCUGUGACUGUACCGCGGGCUGGGAAGGCCGCUUCUGUGCGCAAGAAGUGCUUUACUUUAACUGCUCGGUGGACAACGGCGGCUGUGCCCACUACUGCUCAGAUAAGGAGGGCAGGCGCCGCUGCAGUUGCGCGCCUGGUUACCGGCUUGGGGACGACCCCAUGCAGUGCGAGCCCACAGUAAAGUUUCCCUGUGGAAGAACAGUAAAGAAGAAACGUAACAAUUUAAAGCGAGAUGUAGACCAAGUCGACCCACGUCUUGUCAAUGGGAAGACUACGAGAUGGGGAGAGAGCCCUUGGCAGGUGAUCCUGCUGAACUCCAAGAAGAAGCUGAUCUGUGGGGCAGUGCUCAUUCACCCCUCCUGGGUGCUGACUGCAGCCCACUGCAUGGAGAACACCAAGAAGCUCACUGUCAGGCUUGGAGAAUAUGACCUGCGGCGCUGGGAGAAUUGGGAAGUGGACCUGGACAUACAGAAUAUUCUCAUCCACCCCAACUACAGCAAGAGCACUAGUGACAGUGACAUCGCUUUGUUGCACCUAGCCAAACCUGCCAUACUCUCACAGACUAUUGUGCCCAUCUGCCUCCCAGAUAGUGGCCUCUCAGAGCGUGAGCUCACCCAGGUUGGCCAAGAGAUGGUGGUAACUGGUUGGGGCUAUCACAAUGAGGCUAAGAGCAACCGCACCUUUGUCCUUAACUUCAUCAAGAUCCCCAUGGCCCCUCGCAAUGAAUGCAUCCAGGUCAUGGACAAUGUGGUCUCAGAGAACAUGCUGUGUGCCGGUAUUCUUGGGGACCCACGAGAUGCCUGUGAAGGUGACAGUGGUGGACCUAUGGUCACCUCCUUCCGUGGCACCUGGUUCCUGGUGGGCCUUGUGAGCUGGGGUGAGGGCUGUGGGCGCCUGAAUAACUAUGGCAUUUAUACCAAAGUCAGCCACUAUCUUGACUGGAUCCACAGACACAUUGGGGCCAAGGAAGCCUCCAUUCAGAGUCAGGAUCCAUAG